UGUAUACAUUGAGCAUAAAUGUCGAAUUUGUUCGUGUAAUUUAAAUUAAGUCACUACACACUACAUUAUACAUAUCACGUCACAGUUACGUGACAGAUUCUUUGGCUUUUAUCGAUUUAUCGCGAUUUUGAAUUUCUUCGUGGUUCACAUUGCGUGAUCUAUGAAACGCAGAUGGAUAUAUAGUAUGAACAAAUCGAAAACACUCUUAUCAUACAUUAGUUUAGAAUUUUCUCAUUGUCGCCAAUGGUUCCAUUAAUUCCGAAUUUGAAUAAUUCGAAAAAGGACGAUCGAUCUGUUUGGAGUAAAAUUUUCUUAUUGCAUUAUUAUUGGAUUCCUUUAUCAGUAAAUCUGGCAUCGGUGAUUAGUUCAUUUACAACAAAUGCGCACACUUUUCGAAAAGUUAUUAAAAUCAAUACGCGCGCUGCGGCUCAAGAUUGGUCAAAGUUGGAAAGUUUCGUGAUGCAGUGAUUUGAAGAGACGGUAGUGCACUUUACCUCUUAUCUUACAAAGGAAAUGGACAAGGACAAGAAUGUACAAGUUGCAUCUCCGCCGGAUAGACGAGUUACAAGAGACGAUAUUGGGGUAGCCCCGGCUGGUGUAGCGGUGAACAACGCAGCUGCUACUAGCUGCAGCAGUGUAAGCGGUGCGACAUCUUCAAAAUCGCGCAAUCCUUCCUCUUCUCCCGGUCGAAAUGGCCAACUAUCCAAACAGGGCACCUUGACGAUAGUACGUCGAAGUUCCAGCAAAAGCAAAAGCAGUGGGAAUUUCGAAAGUUCACCACCGCACAAUCCUGAUACUUCGUAUCUAUCGAGCCAAUCCGUCGAUCUUGAAGAGAUUCUCGAUAACGUCGAUCUCACGACAGAUUCGCUUCCAGCCGUUGACACACCCGAUGCAUGCGAUAAAGCUGCCCUUAGAUUGAGGUGUUUAUUGAGGCAAUUACAACAUGGGGAGAUAUCCGCCGAUUUACUUCAACGAAACUUGCACUACGCAGCUCGCGUACUCGAAGCUGUCUUUAUCGAUGAGACCAAGGUGAGUUCAGGCGGGAAUGAGUGCGCUCGGUCAUCACGUAGGGGGGCGGGCCUGACGUCUUCAUCCCUAGGGGGCGGCUUGGACCCAGAUGGACCACAGGGCCACGCGGUGGUAACCCAGAAACGGAAGCUUCGCACCCCCGUAUGGGCAAGACGACUAGCGGAUGAAGAUGACGAGCUGUCAGAGGUGCAACCAGAUGCGGUACCACCGGAAGUGCGCGAAUGGCUAGCAUCGACUUUCACUAGGCAACUCGCCACCACUAGACGGAAAGCUGAUGAGAAACCGAAAUUCCGUUCGGUCGCUCAUGCUAUCAGGGCAGGCAUAUUCGUCGAUCGAAUCUAUAGGAGAGUUACGAACACCGCCCUUAUGCAAUUUCCGCCAGAAGUCGUGAAAGUACUUAAGACUUUAGAUGACUGGUCGUUCGAUGUAUUUUCUUUGAACGAGGCCGCACUGGGGACGCCAGUGAAAUACCUGGGCUAUGACCUCCUCAAUCGAUAUGGUAUGAUUCACAAGUUUAAAGUACCUCCUGCAGUUUUGGAGUGUUUCCUCGGAAGAGUUGAAGAGGGUUAUUGCAGGCAUCGAAACCCAUACCACAACAACCUCCACGCUGCUGAUGUUGCGCAAACGAUGCAUUACAUCUUGUGUCAAACGGGUUUGAUGAAUUGGUUGACCGAUCUCGAGAUUUUCGCUACCCUUGUGGCAGCGAUUAUUCAUGAUUACGAGCAUACUGGGACCACAAACAAUUUCCACGUAAUGUCCGGUAGUGAUACAGCGCUCCUAUAUAACGACCGAGCUGUGCUAGAAAAUCAUCAUAUUUCGGCCAGCUUUCGGAUACUCAGAGAAGAUGAUUGUAACAUACUACAGAACUUGUCAAGAGAGGAAUUCCGAGAAUUUCGAUCGCUUGUGAUUGAUAUGGUUCUUGCCACCGACAUGAGUUUUCAUUUUCAACAGCUAAAAAAUAUGAAAAAUUUACUAAGUUUGGCAGAGCCAAGCGUGGAUAAAAGCAAAGCCGUUAGCUUGGUCCUUCAUUGUUGCGAUAUCUCGCAUCCUGCCAAAAGAUGGGAUCUUCAUAAUAGAUGGACGAUGCAACUUCUUGAAGAGUUUUUCAGACAAGGUGAUAAAGAGAGAAAGCUUGGAUUGCCAUUUUCUCCUCUAUGCGAUCGCAAUAAUACGUUGGUAGCUGAAUCUCAAAUAGGAUUCAUAGAAUUCAUUGUUGAGCCUAGUAUGCAAGUAUGCAGUGACAUGCUGGAAACCGUUCUCGCGCCACUCAAUGUCAAGGACACUACGGAUGAGCCCAACAAUGGUUCGGGAGGAGAAAAUAGAAGGUUCAAAAUUGGCAAACCUUGGAUUUCCUGUCUCGCAGAUAAUAAAAAAAUCUGGAAGGAACAAGCAGUCCGAGAUGCAGAAAUCAAAGCACAAAAAGAACAAGAACAAAAGGCUAGCAACAAUCGUGAAGACGUUGGGGGAGCGCAAGUUGCGGCCGAAGAAUAAAAGAUACACCGGACAAUUAUAUUUUUUAAGAGUCUCUGCAACUUUAUGUUACAAGGAAGUUUGUGAUCACAUUAGAUGGUAUCAAUCAUAAAUUUACGAACUUCUUAUUACGCUUACAAAUGAUAGCCAAGCAUCAUUCGGUAGUACAAAUGGAUAUUAGAUGAGUGGUUAUGGCGAUGUACACAAAAAUACACAUACACAAGAUAUGUUGGGGAAUACUUUGUUUGAAUUGACACCAAAGACUCAAAUUGUGUAUUUAUCCCGCUAUUUCUGUAGAAUAUUCACAUAAUAUAUUUUAACUGAUUGUUUUCUACAGUUUCAUAUAUUGCUUGAUCUCAUUAUAUUAGUUACAGUGCACCUCGAGAUAAUCGUCGCUAUUGCAAUUAAAUUAGACAUGUUUUGUCAAUUU